AGAAUUUUGAAGCCGUACAUUAGAAGGGAUUACGAUAGCAAACCAUUGAGGCUGAGGUUGCUAGAAGAAAUUAUUAAUCAUCAUCAUCAAAAACAGCAACUGCUAUCAUUAUCAUCAUCGUCGUCGUCAUCAUCAUCAUUACCAACUACUACAUCGUCAUCGUCGUCGUCAUCUCCGAUUGACUUUUGCUACGUUCGGCCCCAGCACAUCCCUUCAAUAAAUGGAUACUGCAAUGAGUUCUUCUGGCCUGGAAUCGACUUGUCAGAGAGUUUGGACUAUCCGGAUUACAGUUGUGUAGCACUAUACAAAAAGUUAGUGAUAGGAUUUGCCUUCAUGGUACCCGACGUAUCGUAUGACGAGGCGUACAUCUCAUACAUAUUCACACAUCCUGAAUGGCGUAAAGUGGGCGUGGCUAAGUUCAUGCUUUACCAUCUUUUACAACAGGCAUGUGCGGACAAGGACGUGACCUUACACGUGUCCGCCAGUAACCCCGCCCUCAUCCUCUACCAGAUGUUCGGGUUCAAGGAAGAGGAAUUCAUCAUGGAUUUUUAUGACAGGUAUCUACCUCUGGAAUCUAAAGAUUGUAGGAAUGCCUUCUUCCUUAGACUCAAAAGAUGA